AUGGCUCCAGCUUUUCUCAAUCAAGAAGAUGUCAAGGUAUUGGAGAAUUUGCGACAGAGGAUCUUCCAAUUGACGAACAAUAUCGCAUCAUUGAAGAGCGAUGUGAUGCGCAGCAAUCCUCUUCCACCAUGGAACUCCCUUCAAACCUCGGCCUCAAUCCUAGCAAGCAACAUCGAGACCCUCACAUCUCUCAUGUCCAAAAAUGCCGAGCUGCUAAACAAAACCGUCGUCUACCCAUCCACAAAUUACCCAGGCCGUACGCAAGAAGGCAUCCUUACAGAGCUCCUCCGCAAGAAACUCGAGCCAGGAGUAGAGACCUGGGUAGACGAAGCACGCGCAACACAAGCCAGUGUCGCAGAAACGAAAACAAACGAGAAAGACGAAACCGAACUUCUAGAGUGGGUUAGAGCUUGGAUUGGUCCCCGGAUCAUCAGGUACAUCAAGAAGGAUCAGGGCAAUUACACGCUGGAGGAGCGCAAGCUAGGAAGGGAGAACGUCAACACGGGACUACGUAGGGAAUUUCCAGAGGAGGACGAGCCUGAUGAGGAGGACGAUGAGGAGGAGGAGGAUGAUGAUGAUGAUGAGGAGAUGGAGGAUGUCGGCGUUGCAGUCACGUCUGUCCGACGGUCGAGUGUCGGCGAAGUGGAGUUUGGCCUUAGUGAGGUCAAGAAGGUUGACCCUAAUGCCAAGAUGAGAAAUAUUGAGGAUAUCCUGAGGUUUGCUACCACGGGCGUAUCAGUGGACCAAGUUGGUCCUCGUCGGUGA